AUGGCCAUUGAUCGUCGCGUCGCCCGGCUUCUUCUCAUAACUGCCGUGUUUCUGUUCGCCGUGUUCGUUUUCGAGCCGUUCCGGGCAGGCCCGGCGUCCUCUCGCGGUCCCUUUCCCGUUCCCGCCCCCCAUCGACCGUCGCCAGAACAAGAACAAACAACCGUACAGGCAGGGAAGGGAUCCAGCCAACUUGGAGGCCCAAAGAUCCAGUUCCGAGCAAGCAGCUUCGAUUGGACCUCGGUGCGCCAACACCACUCCGUUUCCAGUAUCCGUCCGCUGCCCACGGGCACACCAAUCCCCCUCAAUCGCGUCCAAUACGGAUUCCCCGAAUACACCCACGAUGCUACAACCAAGAAGCGCCAGGAUGCGGUGCGCGCUGCGUUCGUACGGUGUUGGGACAGCUACAAGCAACACGCAUGGCUGCGAGACGAGCUGGCACCCGUUCGGGGUGGGGGAAAGACUACAUUUGGUGGUUUCGCGGCGACUUUGGUGGACGCGCUCGAUACUCUAUGGAUCAUGGACCUGCGGGAAGAAUUUUAUGCCGCCGCGGCCGCUGCCGCCCAGCUGGACUGGGCAAAUACAACCGACACUAGCCUCAACCUCUUCGAGACCACGAUCAGACACCUGGGCGGCCUUCUCAGCGCCUACGAUCUGAGUGACGAACCCGCAUUACUAGAAAAAGCAAAGGAGCUGGGAGACAUGCUCUACAUGGCCUUUGACACCCCGAACCGCCUGCCCGGCUUCUGGUUCAACUUCGAGGACGCCAAAAGCGGCAUCCAAAAGGCAGGAACCAGCGACCCGUCCGCAUCACCAUGCUCUCUGUCGUUAGAGUUUACCCGUCUCGCUCAACUAACAGGCGACGCCAAGUUUUACGACGCCAUCAGCCGCAUCACCGACUUCUUGGAACGAACUCAAAGCCAGUCACAGCUUCCUGGUAUGUGGCCGAAGUUGAUCGAUUUCCGCGACGAACGCGUCGACAAGGAGGCAGGUUUCAGCAUCGGUGCCCUGGCCGACUCGCUCUACGAAUAUCUACCUAAGAUGGCCGCCCUGCUCGGCGGACGCUUGCCGAAUUACGAAAAGAUGCACCGCGCCGCCAUGGACGUGGUCGCCAAGCACCUUCUGUUCCGGCCUAUGCUCCCACCGACCACCAAACAGGAAAGCCGCGAUAUCCUCUUUGCAGGCGACGCGUUCGUACACUCAGACUCAGACCGGAUCGAACUCGUCCCUGAGGGCCAGCACCUGUCCUGCUUUGCCGGGGGCAUGUUUGGCCUCGGCGGCAAACUAUUCAAUAUCCCAGAGCACGUUGCCAUUGGCGAGCGCCUGGCGCGUGGCUGUGCAUGGGCGUACAGCGUGUUUCCGACCGGCCUAAUGCCCGAGAUCUUUGAACUCAUCCCCUGCGAUUUGAUAGAAGGACCUCCUUGUCCGUGGGACGAGAAACGGUGGCAGAAGGAAGCUGGCGACAAGAAGCUGGCCAAGGGCUUCAAAAACGCGCGUGAUCCCCGGUAUAUCCUACGACCCGAGGCCAUUGAGAGCAUCUUUUUGCUCUAUAGGAUGACCGGGAAGGAAGAUCUCCGUGACGUAGCCUGGAGCAUGUUUGAGUCAGUCAUGAAGGCGACCAAGACGCCUCUUGCUAACUCGGCUAUUGCUGAUGUGACUGUUGAUGGUGAGACCAAGAAGACGGAUUCGAUGGAGAGCUUCUUCUUGGCAGAAACGCUAAAGUACUUCUACUUGAUCUUUUCGCCGCCCGACCUCAUCAACCUCGACCAAUUCGUCCUAAAUACAGAGGCACAUCCUUUCCGCCGGCCCACAUGA